AUUCUGUUCUCCUUUUGUUUGAUUAUUAUUUUUUUAAAACAUUAAUUAUUUUUAUUUUUUAUUUUUUAUUUUUUUAUUUUUCGUUUCCUUGUUUCCUUGUUUCCCUUCUCCUGCCGCAGCUUUUGAGGACGUUCGCUUUAUAUUUGAAUCCCGAAUCCCCAGCUUGCAUUUGUUGUAUAUCUAACAUUGCUGCAUGGACACGACGGGGCUGCCUGCGUCGUCGUUCGAUGCUGGUGCGAUGCCCAUCCGCAACAGAGUCCCGCAACAGCAGCAGCAGGCUUCAGUCGCUAACAGCAGCACGCUUGGGCUUGGACUCGGCCUCGGGUUUGACCUGUCGCAGCCGUUCUCUGCGUCGGACAUGCUCGGUGGCUUGGCGUCGUCCAAUCCCAGCAGUGGUGGUGGUGGUGGUGGUGGUGCUGCGACUGGGGUGGCCGCGGGGUCGUCGGCAGGCUGGUGGCUCGAGUCGCUGCUCGGCUCGGUGGACGACCUGCCGCUCGCCGCCACUCCGACUGCUACUACUACUACUGCUGCUCCGACCACACUGCCAUCUGCUCUACAACAGCAGCAGCAUCACCAGCAGCAACCUCAACCUCAACCUCAACAGCAGCAGCAGCAGUCGCUAAUACAAGCCCAGCCAAAGCAGCAAAAACUGACCCUCAGGUUACAGCGACCCACAGCCGCAACAGCAGCAGCAGCAGCAGCAGCAGCGUCGUCAUCAGUCACUCCGCCUGCACCAUUACCACCACCAUCAUCAUCAUCAUCAUCGCAGUCAGCAUCACAAGCAUCAGCACAGUCGUUAUUACAGUUGCCUGGCUCGGCACAGUCGCAGCACCAUUCAACGUCACACCUUUUACAUCCUCAGCAGCAGCAACAACAACAACAACAACAACAGCUGACCAGUCAACCGUCAACAUCAUCAGUAUCAACUACAAUGUCAGCAGCAUCAUCGUUAUCAUUAUCAUCGCAGCAGCAGCAGCAGCAGCAGCAGGGAAUGGAGACGCUCAACUCGAUUGCCAAGGCGACCGCAGCGAUGGCCGUCAACCCUGCCAAUGCACACCUGCUGCAGUCCCUCACAGAGUCAUCCAACAGGAUCAAGCUGCAGCUACAACAACAACAACAACAACAGCAGCAGCAGCAGCAUGUGCAGCUGCAUCAGCCGCAACAACAGGCGCAAUCACAGGGGCAAGUCUCAGAUCCCGCUCAGACGCUCAGCUCAGAUCCAACUCAAGUAGUAGGUGCGUAUGCCGAGAUGACUGCUGCCAAGACCGCCGCUGCCAAUCCUAGUGCUACGACGAGUGCUACUGCUGCUCCUACUACUGCUGCUGGCGCACCAUUACCAAUCCAGCAACCGGAAACGCCAGGUCUCAGCAGCAUUGGGAGUGCCUCCAUGUCGUCCAAUGUGUCCGUCCCGUGCACAUUCACGCGAAAGCAGUUCAAAGUGCAAGAGUCUCAAGGAACCAAAUUCCUCGUUUGCGCCGUGACGAUCGUGCCGUCCGCAACUGUGGCAGAGGGCUGGAGCCUGCGAGUGCAGCUGCCCCAGGGCGUGGCGAUCUGGGCCACCUUUAAUAUUCAGCACCCGCAACCGAGCUCCGACCCCGCGGACGUCGGGAACAAUGUUCACUAUCUACCGUGCCCAAAGGACGCCCGACCCUUUGGCCCCGGCGAUUCCAUGACCGUCACGCUGACCCUUGCUUUUCCAACCACCUUCCAGUUCCAUCUCGACAUGUUGCAGCUGGAGCUGCACGCUCCUCCAUCUUCUGUGAAUGCAGCAGCUCACAGCCAGUCCCCCGCGGCGCCCGUCGCUGGCCUGGGCAGCAAAGCGUUUGCCGAUAUGCUGUUUGGUGCUCGUCCGCAGCAAUUGCAGCCUCCCCAUGCGCCCGUCCAAUUGCAGUCGACGUCUCCGCAGCCGCCGCAGCAACAACCGCUGACACCUCAGCAGCAGCUCCAGCAGCAACAAGCGAAACUGCAACAACAACAACAACCGCUACAGCUUCCGCAGCACCAACGGCCAAAGCAGCCACAACAGCCACCACCACCUCCACAACAACAACAACAGCAGCAACAGCAGCAGCAGCAACAACAGCAAUUGCAAUUGCAACAGCAGCAGCAACAGACAAAAGUCGCAUUAUCGCACCCGCUGCUUCAACAGCUGCAGCAAACAACGGGAAACGUCUCGAUCGGGGCUGGCACUCGCUUUCAACCAACAAUGGCCACGGCUGCAGCCGCAGCCGCAGCCGCAGCCGCUGCUGCAUCGGCGUCAGCUGGACCGUCACUCUCGUUGGAUGAACUGGUCAACAACUUUGCGGCACCGUCCCCCGCAGCCCCUCCUCUGCGCAACCAAGCGGUGAUUGAUUCUCAAAAUGUUGCUGCGCCACCCAACCUCAGUACCACUGGUCUCAAUAGCACUGCCCUCAACAGCACGGGUCUUAACAGCUCUGCUCUGCACAACACACCUGGCCUGUCCCUCAGCGCUUUGCAGUCACUACCGGCAAGCGUGCUGCAGUCACUACCAGCAAGCCUGUUGCAACAGCUGCUGUCUGUUCAAUCGGCUGCGCCGCGGCCUGCGCUCAAUCCUCAGCUGCAGCACUUGCUACAAAUUCUCCAGCUACAGCAGGCGCAGAAAGCAGCAUCCGCUCAAGCCGCAGCUCAACUCGCUCCAAGCGUCGGACCUCCAUCGGGAUCCUUGUCAAAACGCCGUGCUGCCGACGCGCUCGACACUUUUGGGUUGAAUGAUGCAGCGUUUUUGAAUGCUGCCUCUCCUGGUGGCGCUGCGACCAAGUCUCCUCGACUGGAUUCCGGCGUUCCCUAUGCUGGUAUGAGCCCUUCCAACAACCAAGCGACAGCUACCAGCAAUGCGAUGCUAGCAGCAGAGUUGAAUGCACGCCAGCAACAGCAGCAGCAGCAGCAGCAGCAGCAACAGCAACAGCAACAGCAGCAACAGUUACUGUUCAACACAAAGCUGCAGCAGGUACAACGCCAGCAGCAGCAGCUCCAAGUCAAUGCCGGCCUGAUUGAUUCGUUGCAGAAUGCGUUGUUGCCAGGAGGAAAACUGCAGCAAGACUUGACUCAUUUAUCAACGGACAUGCAGAUUCAGCACCUUCUUCAACAGCAACAUCAGCUCCAUCAAUUGCAGCAACAACAACAGCAACAGCAGCAACAACAACAGCAGCAGCAGCAACAGCAACGGCAGCUGCAUGUCGACCCGCUCGCAUUCCAGGCACAACUUCAGCAGCUCCAGCACCUCAAUGGCGCGAAAAUGAACGGCUCGUUGCUCGAUCGAUCCGUUCUGUCGGACGCCAUGAAGGCCCAGCGAGAGGAGCAGCAGCUCCGAGCGGCAGCACCUUUGCAGUCACAGCUCUUGAAUGAUCAGUCGUCGCACCAACCGCAGCAACUGCAGGCGGGUAACUCUUCGUCAACACUGCAGCUGCAGCAUUUGCAAAAUCUGCUUCUGCAGCAGCGCGUGCCGCCAAAAUCCAUGCUGCAGCAAAUUGCGCUCCAGCAACAGCAGCAGCAGCAUCUUCCUCCAACACAAGCUUCCUUGCUCCAGCACCUACCCCUCCAAUCGCCGCAGCAUCCCUACUUUCCGUACGAGCCGAUACGUUCGGAAAGCUCAGCCAGCUUUUCUCAGGCGCCCAGUCCUCUGCAGCAAGUUUUAGGGCAACAGCAGCAACACCUCCAGCAGCAGCAGCAGCAGCAACAACAACAACAACAACAACAACAGUUGCAACAACAACAACAGCAGCAGCAACAGCAGCAACAGCAGCAGCUCCUUGAACUGCAACAAAUGCAGCAGACAAAUGAUGAAAGCUUGCUCUCGCUGUCUGGCACGCCGGCUGCUAUGAAUAGUGCGUCAGCGCCUCUGCUUCCGGCCGAGUCCAUUGAUUUCAUGUUGCAAAAUGAUCCUGGCGACAUGCUUCUGGGCUUUGACGAAGCUACGUUCAUUUAA